UUUUCUUCAUCGCGCUUCAUUCUCUUACCAACUUUACUUACUAUCCUUUUUUCCCAAUCUCGUCUAUCGUUCAUUACAUUCGUUACCAAGGCACAGGAUGUCUCUUUACACUCUUUUCGCUGCGGCCCUUGUCGCUCAGUUCGCAAACGCGUACACCGUCAUCCAGAUCCCUCCUCCUUUCAUGGAGAAGAACAUUGAUCCCAUUGUCUUCCCUGGCGAGUUCGACAAGUCGCAUCUCCACUCUUUCUACGGCUCCGACGCCGUCGUCGCCAGCACAAAGACCAGUGCUGAACUCCAAAAGGGUUGCACCAGCGCCGAGAACCCCAACGACCUGUCCACCUACUGGGUUCCUACUUUCCUCUACACCAAGGAUGGCAAGAACUACGAGCCCGUUCCCGUCUUCCGCUUCAGCGCAUACUACAACUUGGGCGAGACCCCUGCUGAGGUCGCCAUCCCACAAGACUUGAUGAUGGUUGCUGGCAAGGCCGGCGCCAUGACCAAGGACGCCAUGGACAUCAACGCAAAGGCCGAGUGGGCCUGCGAAAGCGAGAGCGUCGCCCUCGACGCCAACGGUUUCCCUUCCAAGACCUGCGGCACCCACGUCCAGCAACUCCUCUACUUCCCCCAGUGCGUCAACGAGCAGACUCUCGAGACCGGUUACAAGAGCCGUGAGAACGGCACACCCAACUGGUGCCCUGCUGGCAUGAAGUCCAUGCCCCAGCUCCGCUUCUCCAUCCGCUACGAUCUCCGCAAGGCCCUGCCCAAUGGCUGGUCUGGAACCGCGCCUUUCAAGCUGGCAUGCGGACCUGCGUGGUGCUCGCACGGUGACUUCAUCAACGGUUGGGUUCCCGAGGCUGCUGAGAACAUGGUCGGCACGACCAGCGAGAAGCAGCACUUUGCUCCCGUCAACGGUCCUCUUGGAAACUACGAUGCUGGCUCUACUUGCAAGUCUGCUGAUGCUGACCCUAGCCACGGCACCAGCAACUACGCUGAGAGUGUUGCUGCCAUGGCUAAGCGCAGUGUUGGCGCUUGGGGCUGGGAGACUAGGUCCAGGCUCGCUCGCCUGGUCAAGGGCGCUUAGGUCCGGUCGGAAAUAUUUGAUACCCACCGUGGUACUUGAGAAAGGCUGAAAAGAUGUUCAUGUAUAUACUUAGAAGGAGAAUUAAAUCUGAUUGACAUUAACAAAACAUACAUAUUGGAACUGCAGUAGUUUGCAAUCUAUAGAUCCACUAC